AUGCGGGGAGGUGGCGCUGUGGGCAGUGGCACUGACGGACAUGAGGUGGAUAGCCCAGUUGUUUUCAAGUACGGUGUGGGGAGGCACUGCGAUGACGUGCGGCCCUCACGUGACCAGGAGUUGCAGCGCAAAGCAGGCUUCGGUGCAGUCGUCACUUGCGUCUGGGUACCAGCUCCCCGCUGCCCGGCGCACGGUGGGCUGGCAUCGGGCCCGGGCAAAGCAUAGCAGGUAAGGCCCGGGGCCCAAAAACACCCAGGGAAAGAAAAUUUCAUCAUGGCAAAUAUCCACCAGGCAAAUGAAGAGAUGGAGCAGGCCCCAGUGCAGAACGGAGAGGAAGCUCACCCUUUGGGAAGGGGCGAAGGCCAGCAGCCUGCAGGAAAUAACCGGCGAGGACAGGCUCGCCGCCUUGCCCCUAAUUUUCGGUGGGCCAUACCCAAUAGGCAGGUCAAUGACGGGGUGGGUGGAGAUGGAGAGGAUAUGGAAAUGUUCAUGGAGGAGAUGAGAGAAAUCAGGAGAAAACUGAGAGAGCUGCAGUUGAGGAAUUGUCUGCGUAUCCUAAUGGGGGAGCUCUCUAAUCACCAUGACCAUCAUGAUGAAUUCUGCCUUAUGCCUUGA